GUAGUCGAGCUCUGCAUUGCUGCAUUGGUUCAAUGAGGACAAUGUAGUUACCCCCAAACCGCAGGGCUGGGUCAAAUCGAACGUGACAUUCUUCUUUUGACAUGUCUAGUGGAGAGGUGGGAACUGUCACAUGGACUGAGGGACAUGGGUGUCUUACCGGGGGACUACUUUAUAAACCCCAGAAGAUACAGCCUCCUCUAUAUGACAAGACCUCUCGUAGAGUGUCAGCUAGGUGGCCUCUAUACUCAGUAGCGAUGCAUGCCUUACACAGAUUUGUUAGUCAACAGUCUGUGUUUCAUUCUAUUUCAACAUUUUUGUUAUGCAUUCUUAAAUAUAACUUUCUCGGGAGUUUAAAUGCAUUUUUCAGUGUCAUUUCAAUUUAGUUUGAGAAUAUUUUAUACAUCAAAUGUGGCUUCUUGGUUCAACUCCCGAAGUCAUGGAAGAGCGCCUGUCGCCUUCUGCACGUUUUGUCCGAAGCCCCUGGAAUAACCAUAAUCAAGCCGCAACGAGGGUUCACAGUAUUGAAGCAAUAUUGAGAUUUAAAGACGAAAAUAUGUUUCAUCAAUCUGUGUCCUACAAUGAAUCAGGAAAACCUGCUGAGCCGAGAGGAAAUGGAAUUAUGUCAUCCCCGAAGAAAGAACUCAACCCAAAAUGUUUUGACAGUGUCUGCUGCAGCAGUUCGGGGGCCUCUGUCAGUUCUGACUUACCUAAAAGGGAGGAUAAAUUGCACGUUGAUGAGAAUCCAAAGAAGAAACACCGGCGUAAUAGGACCACGUUCACCACCUUUCAGCUGCACGAGCUGGAGAGAGCGUUCGAAAAGUCGCACUAUCCUGACGUCUACAGCAAAGAGGAGAUCGCGCUCAAAGUUCAUCUUCCCGAGGUCCGAGUACAGGUGUGGUUCCAGAACCGUCGGGCCAAGUGGCGUCGCCAGGAGAAGCUGGAGGUGAGCUCCAUCAAGCUCCAGGACACUUCCUCCUUCCUGUCCUUCAGCCGCUCCUCCUCCCAGUCUCUGGGCUCCGGGCUACAGCUGGAGCCAUGGCUCAGCACUCCCACCACCACUGCCACCCCUCUGCAGUCCCUUUCCGGCUUCAUCACCAGCCCAUCUCAGGGCCUCCAAAGAACCUCCAGCUACACGCCUCCACCCUUUCUCAACUCCCCCAGUUUCGGGCAUAUUGGUUCUCUGUGUCCUCCUCCGCCGCCCCCGUACCAGUGCUCAGCGUCUGGGUACGUGGACAAGUUAACUAUGGAGGAGUUGGAUCCUCGUAAUUCUAGUAUUGUGUCUCUGAGGAUGAAGGCUAAGGAGCAUAUUCAGUCUAUUGGAAAACAUGGUGAGGAUGGAUGCUGGCUUGCAUCCCUCUGAGGCAAUGCAAAGACUAAAGACUUCUACUGAAUGUAUUGUUGCUGCAUUAGAGACAUUAAAGUCCAAUGUGCUAGAGGACUCUUCCCCACAAGAUGAUGAACAUAGUUUUUUUUUGUCUUCUUCAAUGGUUUACAUUAUCAUCCCAGUCAGUGUUUUUUGUGCAUUCUCAGUAUAUUCAAGUUUUAUAAUGUACUUUCCUCAUCAAUGAAAUGCUUGCAUUCACCAAGAUACAUCUGGUUUACUCUGGUCUACUUUUAGGUUCUGACUUAGGAAAUGUACACUUUUCCUACUUACCUUGUGCAGGUGUGUAAAGGUAUCCAAAUAAGGUUCGGUUGACUAGGUGAAGUGAACAUUGUGCUUGCAUACUCCCUUAAAGGGACACUUUGGGAUUUUGGCAAUGAAGCCUUUUAACUACUUCCCCAGAAUCAGAUGAACUCAUGGAUACCAUUUUUAUGUCUCUGCACCCUGUUUGAAGGAAGGUAGAGGUAGUCUAUGGUAUCUACUAGCAUGCUAGCAGUAUUACUGUUUGUUCCUCUUGAGACGCCAUAUCCAGUACACUUCAUCGAAAUAGUCCAAAUUAAGAUUAUGAUAGCUCAAGAAAUGUUUAAUUAAUUUUGACAUUUUUGCCAGGGAGGUUUUAGUCGCAGAUUUUGGUGCAGUAUUUCUCAAGUGAAAAACUUUGCAUGAAGACUAGUCAUCUGUUGUUGAAUGCCAACAAACACUUAAUUGAACAAUCCCUAAGAAUCCCUAAAGUGUGCUCGAACAGGCUGGGAAAAACCUGACGAACACAGCCAAACACCAAAACAAACAAAAACCUCACAAAAUGUUGUCAUAAUACAUGCAGUCACUGUUUAGAACUGGGAAGUAUAAGAUAAUCUUAACAGGCUUUGAACGUUGAAUACAUUCGGUUGAAUACAUUCAACCGCUGAAAACCCUCCCACUUGCUGGCCAACAGAUUUUCUAGUGACAUUUUUAUUCAAUAGCCAUCCCUUUAAAUUUGGUGUACCUUUAAUGAGAAUCUUCUCAACAGACUCACUAGAACAUAUUGAUGGGUUGGUUGUUUAGCAACAAAACCGACCCAUGCACAACUAUGGGGUAAAACAGACGGGGUUGGCUUAGAUUGUUGACAACAUGUAAACUAUAUUUAAUCUCCAAUGUUUAUUGAAAACAUGAAUAAAGUUGCACAAUAUUUUUUUUUACAUGUUAGCAUAGCAUAGCAUAGCAUAAACGUGACAGUCAAACGCCUCAUAACAACACAUGGUUUUUGGGAAGUUCUCAGCUAACCUGUCUAUGGAGAGAAUGUUUCAGAAUGUUAGGGACCAAUGGAAAAAAGCCUUGUAAAUACAUGCAUUUUUCUUUCCUUUUCAGCACCAAUUGGUAGAUAAAAAAAUACUCUGAUCUUGUAUAUUAUUUAGGGUUAGCAAAGUACUUAUACAUUUUUUUUUAACCUACCAACUAGGUAGGUUCUGCUCUACUAUCAGUGCAAACAGGUUUCCAACUCCUGCAAAUGAUGAAGCCAUAGGCCUACAAUUAAAAUUCUGAAUAAUGAUACAGAUAUGCCUACUUCACUUGUGGAAAACAGGCCGAAAUACCUGUCAUGUUGACAUGCUUUUCAGUUUGCCGAAAUAUGACUGGUUUCACAUUUGUCUCCCAACGAUCAUAAAAUAAAAAUAGAUCUAAAACAACUGUCAUUUAUAUUUACAAUCCUCUUGUCCUAACUAAUGACUAAUUUACCUAGGUCUUAUUAAUAGCUCUUAUCAAUUUAUGAAUUAUAGUGCAUAGAGAUUUGGUGUUAUUUCUACAUAUAAUUAUCGUUUUUUUAAAGUGGUGGAAUUAUGAGCAAAUUAAGUCGAGGUCUGUAGACACA